AGUUCGGUUGUGCGCCCGCUGAGCGGGCGCACAGUCGAAACCCCGCCGCUGCGCCACCCAUGAUCGAGCGGGCAGCAAUGAAGGCGGCCGGUCUCUGGCUGGCGGCCCUCGCUCAUUGCGCGCAGGGCGCCCAAAUGCUCCGCGGCCUGGUCAGCGAUCACGCGUUCGCAGGCGCCAUUGGGGCUGGAGCUGGAGGCCACUCCAGCAGGCACUCGCUGGAGGACGAGAAGCCGAUCACGCAGGUUGUCAGGCUUCUGGAGGAGAUGCUGAAGAAGUCCCAGGCGGAGCAGGACAAGGACCGCGAGGCAUACGCCAAGUUCAAGUGCUACUGCGAUACGCAGACCGAGGAUAAGGAGAAAAUUAUCGAGGAGGCCACCAAGGCCAUCGAGCUCCUCUCGGCCGCCAUCUCGGAGCUGCAGGGCGCCAACGGCGAGCUGAGCAUCGAGGCUGCCAGGAUGAAGAAGGAGAUGGAGGCGAACGAGCAGGCGCGCGAGGUCGCAACCGAGCUGCGCGGCAAGGAGGAGGAGGCCUACAUCACUCUUAAGGACGACCUGGAGGCCAACAUCCCGCUGCUGGCGCAGGCCAUCCAGGUGCUGGGGGAGAUCGGCGCGGACCAGACACUGGAGACGUCGGCGGCGCACGAGCAGUUCAUGGGCGGCUUCAACGAGUCCGAGGCCCUCGUGAGCCUCGAGUCGAAGGUGCGCACGGCGCUGCUGGCCGCCAAGGCACUGCUGAAGCCAGGGAGCGAGAAGCAGCAGAGGCGUCUGAGUAUGUUGCUCCAGGCACCGCUCGGCACCACCUACGAGACGCAGUCAGGCGAGAUCGUGGGCAUCCUCCGCGAGAUGAAGGAGUCGAAGAAACAAGAAAACAUCAGCAUAGACAAAGAGUUUUGGAGCUCCUCGCAGAUUUCUUGGGUUGACGCUGGGCCCCGAUGUCGGCGCCUCUGGCGACGCCCCUGGCACACUCCGCGCCCCGGGCAGGGCGGAGCAGCGCCGAUCGAAGGAAUCCGCGCGGCCCUCCGAAAGGCUGGAGUUCGCGCGUGUCCUUCUCUUCCGAGGAGACGUUCGAGGAGAACCUGGCGGAGGCGACCGCGGCAGAGCAGGCGGCGGUGAAGGCACACUCGGCCUUCAUCCAGACGAAGGAGGAGGAGCAUGCGAAGCUGAAGACCGCCUCCGACGACGCCCAGGACGCCAUGGGCACCAACGACGGCAGCCUUGCCGCCAAGAAGGACCAGCUGAAGGAGGAGGUCCAGUCGAAGGCGGACGCGGAGGACUUCCUGGCCAAGCUGGAGCCGAUGUGCUCGGACAAGGCCAAGGACUACGAGGCCCGGAAGCUCUUCCGCGCCAACGAGCAGGCGGCCAUCUCGGAGGCCAUCGCCCUGCUCAACAGCGACGCCGCCUACAAGAUCGCCUCCGCGACGGCGUCGCUCGGCGGCGCCGGGCCGCGUGCCAAAGGGCCUCCGCCCCCGAGGCUGCUGCAGCUGGGGAGGAGCAGCACCUCCGCCGUGCGCCGGCGGGUCGAGCAGCUCCUGGCGCAGGCCGCGGCGAGCACGCGGUCGGCCAGGCUCCGGCGCGUCCUCGCCUCGCUCUCCUCCGGGAACGCCUUCGACACGGUGCUGGCGGAGAUCGAGAAGAUCAGGGCGCUGAUCGAGGAGGAGGGCAAGGUCGAUGCGGAGAAGAAGGCGUGGUGCGAGAGCGAGCGGGAGACGAACGAGGAGAACCUCGACCUGAAGCUGAAGGACAUCGAGACCCUGAACGGCGACAUCGGCGAGCUCGUGGAGAGGAUCGAGAGCCCCGAGACGGGCCUCAGGGCCUCGAUCGCCGCCAAGGAGGAGGCACUCGUGGAGAACACCGGGGCGAUGAAGGAGGCCACCGACCAGAGGCGGACGGAGAACCUGGACUACCAGGAGCUGGUCGCCAACACCUCGGAGGCCCGGGCCCUCCUCGCCAAGGCCAUCGCGAUGAUCGAGAACUACUACGCCACGGCCUACCAGGAGGCCACCGCCGCGCUGCUCCAGGAGGACCCGGCGCCCCCAGAGAUGGGGGGAAGGGCACCGAUGGGCACCGAGGAGAAGGGCGCGGAGGUCGUCACCAUGCUCAAGUUCCUGCUGGGGGAGGUGGAGAAGGAGGAGGCCAGCGCCCACCAGACCGAGCAGAAGGCGCAGUCCGACUAUGAGGACGACAUGACCCAGCUCAAGCAGACCGAGGCGGACCUGCAGGACGCCCUGGCCGGGCUCCAGGAGGAGCUCGCCGAGGCCGAGAAGACGCUGGUCAACAAGCGGUCGGAGCUCGCCCAAACGGUCAAGGACAAGGACGCCAUCGUCGCCUCUCUCGAGCAGAUCAAGCCCGGCUGCGACUUCAUCACCACGAACUUCGACACUCGCGAGCAGUACCGCGCCUCGGAGACCGCGGCGCUGGAGCGGGCCGUCGAGCUGCUGCAGGGCAGCCCUGCGUACGUAGCCGCCAAGGAGGCCGAGAAGCAGGAGUCCUGGGGCGACUGCAAGGAGGUCUGUCUCGAGAGCGGCGAGUCUCACGCGAAGUGCCUCGCCUGCAACGCCGAGGUGUCCGUGCCCGGCUACUGCGCGGGCCACGCCGGCGUCGCCGGGUGCGAGGCGGGCGGCGGGCCGCCGCCGCCUGGCGGCCGGCUCUGACUGGGGCGCCCGGCCGCGGCGCCGCGGCGAGAGUCGACAUCGGGCUGGGGCGUCGCGUCGCGGCCAUGGGGCGCCUCGCGCGUCCUCCGUGGUCUGCAGGGCGGUGGGGCGGGGGGCAGCGGCCCCACAGCGGCCGAGCAGCCGCCACCGCGCGGCGGGGGCGGCCUGGCCGCCGCCCUGCUGGCUGCGGCGGGCGGCGGCGAGAAGCGGCGAGG